GCUCUAUAUAAAGCUGCAGCGGGCAGAGGGUGGGCCACCGUACAGUGGGUCAUUCACAAACAGGCAGAAGCCGAACACUCGCCUUCACUGGACUCCCUCAACCAGAGAGACAGAUCCAGAGAGAGAGAGAGACAGGAAAAUCCCUCACAUAACAGACAACCAUGGCAGAUAAACUUAAGGAUGCUAAGAUCGUCUUUGUUGUGGGCGGCCCCGGCUCCGGCAAGGGCACUCAGUGUGAGAAGAUCGUGGCGAAGUACGGCUACACUCACCUGUCGUCAGGUGACCUGCUCCGUGCGGAGGUCGCAUCCGGGUCAGACAGGGGCAAACAGCUGCAGGCCAUCAUGCAGAAGGGUGAACUCGUACCUCUGGACACAGUUCUUGAUAUGAUUAAAGAUGCCAUGAUUGCCAAAGCUGGUGUCUCUAAGGGUUACCUCAUCGACGGAUACCCACGUGAAGUCAAACAGGGCGAGGAGUUUGAGAAGAAGAUUGGAGCACCGGCUCUGCUGCUGUACAUUGACGCUAAAUCUGAGACGAUGGUGAAGAGACUCAUGAAGCGUGGUGAGACAAGCGGUCGCACUGAUGACAACGAGGAGACCAUAAAGAAACGUCUGGACCUGUAUUAUAAAGCCACUGAGCCCGUCAUCACGUUCUAUGAGAAGCGCGGCAUCGUCAGAAAGAUUAACUCUGAGCUGCCAGUGGAUGAAGUAUUUGCCAUUGUUGAAAAAGCCAUUGAUGAACUUAAGUAAAACUCACAUGACAACAAA